UUUCAGUCACAUUAAAUUCCUUCGUACUUAUAAUAAUUCAUUCACCAAAAACGAUUGAUGGACAUACCCCCAGUUCUUCUUGUUCAUUCAAUACAUUUAGAUAUUUUCCUCCAUCUGAAGUUCUCAAUUAUACUAGCUGAAAGUUGACACAUGGGAUUGGGGUUAAUCUUUGUGGAUAAAGUUACAGUCUUUGAGCCAAAACAAGUUGAAUCAGUAUGGAAUCACAACUGGGUUUAAUUGAGAAAUCAUUUAAUGUUAAAUACUCAGAUGGGGUUAGAGAAGCUCUUGAUGAAUUGCCUGAUAGUUUUACAAUUACCGAUCCCUCUAUUUCUGGUCACCCUAUUGUUUAUGCCUCAAGGGGUUUCUUGAAAGUUUUUGGUUAUUCCAAGAAUGAAGUUAUAGGGAGGAAUGGAAGGGUAUUUCAAGGUCCUAAGACUAAUAGAAGAUCAGUUAUGGCGAUUAGAGAGGCGAUUCGUGAGGAGAGGGGUAUACAAAUUAGUUUGUUGAAUUAUAGGAAGGAUGGGACACCCUUUUGGAUGUUGUUUCAUAUGUGUCCUGUUUAUAGUGAGAAGGAUGGGAGGGUGGUUCAUUUUUUGGGAAUUCAAGUGCCUAUUUUGAGGAGGAGAAAUUCAUUAGGUGAUAGAAUUGGGAGAAAUGGAGGAGUAUGUCAUGAUGGAGGUAAUUGCAGGGAGUAUGUCUUUAAGUGUUGUAGGAGGGAGGUUUGCUCGAAUUCGAUUAUGGAAGUGGAUAGAGCAUUUUCAGUUGAUUCAGUUGCAGGAUUGGAUCAUACAGAAGUAGAUGUUGAAGGACCUUGUGAAGCAAGUGAUCAAGAGAAGACAAAAGCCAGUGUUGCUGUCAACAACAUAAUGUCCGUGUUGGCAAACUACAGUGAGUUGAAUGGCAGACUGGUUAGUGACAGGAGGUGCUGUCAAUCGGGAACGAGUCUGCUCGGUGCAUCCUUAAAUAUAUCUUUUGGUAGAAUAAAACAAAGCUUUGUAUUAACUGACGCACACUUACCAGACAUGCCAAUUGUCUAUGCAAGUGAUGCCUUCCUAAAAUUAACAGGCUACUUGAGACAUGAAGUAUUGGGUCAUAAUUGUCGGUUUUUAAGCGGGGAAGACACAGACAAAGGCACACAAUUUCAGCUAAAACAAUGCAUCCAAAAUGAACAACCGUGUACUGUACAUAUCUUUAAUUACAGAAAAGAUGGAACCUCAUUUUGGAAUUUUCUUCACAUUUCACCGGUCCGGAGUGCUUCAGGAAAGGUUGCAUAUUUCGUUGGGAUUCAGAUCGAAGAUAGUAGCGAUGCUCGGGAGAAACAAGGGCUAAAUCCGGAGAUGAGGCAGCGUAGCGUUGUCGCUGCUGUAAAGGUUGCUGUUAGAGGCUGGUCAAUGGGUGCAAGCACCUCCUAGUUCUUGAAGAAAUUUGUCUUUCCUUUUUUGUUCUGAUAAACACAUUGGACUUUGCUAAAAAAGUACUCUUAUAGCUCAUUGGUACCAGAAAGAAAACAAAAACAAAAAACAUAAACAGUAUGUUAUGGUAAUCUAAAUCUGAUCUUUUCUUUGUCA